UAAUGCGCGACGGCUGCUGUGCACGAUCCGAUCGCAGCCUUCUCCGCUCUGCAAUCUGUUCGCAACCGUGAAAGGGCAACCGCCUGAGGCGGAAGGUCAGAAUGGCUGCCUCUGCCAAGUGCUGCCUUUGAUAGGUGCCCCAAAUUGCUGCUAUCGGCGUCCAAGUCCGCCAUUCCUCCUAUUCCUCCACAGGGUACCUGCUGCCCAAAUUUGAAGGUGAAUCAGGCUGUGGAAGCGGAAGCUCGUGUGGGGACAAGUUGACCACUUCUUCAGGAGCUUCCUGGGUUGCGACGACAAUCUGAAUGUUGGUUUGCUCAUCUGCGUAACAGCCCUUGGAGCUAUCCUCAGCUUCUUGUUCUUUCCAUACAGAAAGUUGGGUUGCAAAGGUUGCAGAGUUGAAGCUCAAAAACGUGUUGAGGGUUUGCGCGGUGCUGGUCAUUAUUCUGAGCGGUGUGAAGAUCCAAGAGCUACAGAGAUGGCUGCAUUCAGAAGCUUGCGAGCAUACCUUCGUUCCUACAUCCGCUCGUUCAUACUAGCACAUUUUGAUGUGGACUUGGGCCCAAAAUGGAAGCCACAGAUGCCGCACCAAGUUCGCUCGGGGCCAUCAAGCCAGUCAACCUUUGUGCAAUUCAAGAACGAUACCGACAUGGUUGUGAGUGUGUCAUGGAUAGACUACGAGGGUAAAGAGGUGCCUUACGAGAAGAUACAACCAGGAAAAUACUAUCGUCAACAGACAUUUGUCGGUCAUCCCUGGAGCUUCCGCACCAAUGCAACCAGAGAGCAACUGGUUGUGGACCGGAGAGUGCUUUUUGUGCCCGUUCAGUCAUCCACCGAUUUCGUGGCCUCCAUCCAGCACCCCGCAGCAAUCACCUGGUCCCCCUGCAAGCACGAUGCGUUCCCAGAGGACUUCCACGCUGCAGUACAGGCUCUGCUACUGUGCCAUGGUUCCCAGGGAAAGUUGCAGUCAUUGGAAGAUCCUUUGCCGGGUUCUCUGAAGCGAAAGGGCUCGGGACUUUCCAACCUGCUGAAUAAGCGGAAUCCCCUCCAGACCUCAAGCAGCAACCUCCGAUCGCUACAGCCACAGAAGACAAUGCUGUCUUCCUUACCACACGAUCUUGUGCUGGAUAUCAUCAGACGGUCAGCUCCGGUGGUACUUGACAUUGAGGAUCUUUAACAUCCAGUACCAGGUUGUGCGAUCCGACGGGUUGUUUGACGGAAGCUUGUAUUCUAGUAUAGUUCAAUCAAUUGGUCAAAAGUAUAGGUACAGUGAAUGGUUCAAGGCUCGUGCAAUGAACGUCCCUGCACUUAAGACACACAAAUCAAGAGGACAGAUCUUGCACAGAGACACGACAAGGAAACCGUUUGUUCUAACAGAGAAGCUCAGUCGUCGGUUCAGCGGGGGCAGAGCAGUUGACAUUGAAUUUAUUGUAUUGUAAGACAGCGAGUAUUCUCAGCGAAGUUGAAAGCAAUCUUCGAACUCAACAUUUAACAGAAUUUUGAGCAUUCGUCAGGAACUAUUCAGGUAGGAGUAGCGCUUAAUAUUGACAGAUAGCAGCCUCAUCACUGGUGGAUGGUUUCAAACUUCUUGAAAUCGGACUAUUCUUCUUGAACGGCUUUCAACCCCCGGUUGCGAAACAGCUUGGUAGUUGUCCCAUCAAGCUGCCAAGCUGAUCAAGAGACCAUCAAGUGCAUACGGCCGAUCAAUCAUACAUCCAAUUGGAAGUUGUCAUCAGACAUUGUCACGUUGUUUUCAGCUGGGAACGGUCAUGCCUAUGACGAUACAUAAUGGUACGGUAUAGUCGCUUAUGUUGUUCAGGUUCAGACGUUGUCGGUGUAGCCAGGCUGGCCA